AUGCACGAGGAGCUAGGGGCUCUUGAGAAGAACCGCACUUGGGAGCUAGUAAAACUACCAGAAGAGAAGAGAGCAGUUGGAUGCAAGUGGGUCUUCACUGUGAAGCAGAAUCCAGAUGGGCAAGUUGAACGCUACAAGGCUCGUCUGGUGGCAAAAGGGUAUAGUCAGACAUAUGGCAUCGAUUAUGAUGAGACUUUUGCACCUGUGGCAAAGAUGAGCAUUGUUUGGACCUUAAUCUCUCUGGCAGUAAAUGGAGAUGACGAGAAGGAGAUUGCUCAACUCAAAGAGAGACUGGAUAAGGAAUUCGAGGUAAAAGAUCUUGGCUUGCUUCGAUAUUUUCUUGGGAUAGAGAUAUCUCGAGGAGCUGAGGGGAUUAUUCUCUCCCAAAGAAAGUAUGCACUGGAUCUUCUCAAAGAGACAGGGAUGUUAGGGUGCAAACUUGCAACUACACCGAUUGACCAGAAGUUCAAGCUGGGUGCUGAAGCUGGAGAACCAGUUGAUCGUGACAGAUACCAAAGGCUGGUGGGCAGGUUGAUCUAUCUGAGUCACACACGUCCUGAUAUCUCUUUUGCAAUGAGCGUGGUGAGUCACUACAUGCACGAUCCAAGGAAAGGUCAUAUGGACGCAGUAUACCAGAUUCUGAGGUAUUUGAAGAGUGCCCCCGGAAAAGAGUUGAUAUUAAGGAAAAAUAAACAUAUGAGUAUUGAGGGUUACUGUGACUCGGAUUGGGCUAGCUGUGCUGAUGACAGGAGGUCCACCUCAGGGUACUGCAUCUUCAUAGGAGGUAACUUGGUCUCGUGGAAGAGCAAGAAGUAA